GCGACUCGACGCCCUCGACGGGGCAGGAGGUAAAACGACUCGCGGCGUCGCGUCGCGUCGCGGGGAGCGGUAACCACGGCCCCCGUAAAACCCGGUCUGUCAAAACGGUAAGCCGGCGGGACGCCGACGAGAGGGGUCUCGUCGCGAGCGCGACGUAGCCGUGAGACUCAUCUGAGCGGGCGCCGCGAUUCAGGGGUCCGCCGGUUCGCGCGCGGGGCAGUGCUGGACGCCGACGAGAGGACCUCUUCCCCGCCUCGACCGACGCGUCGCGCGGUUGUUUCCGCGAGGGUGAGAGCGCGAGGGAGAGGAGGAGAGAGAGAGGGCGGCCAUAUUGUUUAAAUCGCUACGCGUCCACCACUCUCGCGCGGUUUACGCGAGACGCAUCUCGGAUGUUCACCCCGAGACGAUGCGGCAACAUGUCCCUCGGUAGAAAGAGGUCUCGAUCUGGUUACGAUUCUAGCAGCGGAGAGUCCGACAACGAGUACGGCGCACCGGUUAGUCAAGUACAGAACCAAGCGCCAAGUCAACGUCCUACAAACAUCGCCAAUUACGGGCAAGGGAAGCACAUAAAUAAAGGACGUUGGACCAAAGAAGAAGACGCUUUAUUGAAACAACUGGUGAGCAACGCGGAACGGCAAGGCACUGGUUUACGAUGGGACAUCAUAUCCGGCCAGUUUCCAGAUCGGAGCGACGUACAGUGCCAACAGAGAUGGGCGAAGGUCGUGAACCCGGAGCUGGUCAAGGGUCCGUGGACGAAGGAGGAAGAUGAGAAGGUGGUGGAACUUGUAGAAAAAUAUGGCCCGAAGAAGUGGACGCUGAUAGCGCGGUAUCUUCGAGGCCGGAUCGGCAAGCAGUGCCGAGAACGAUGGCACAAUCACUUGAAUCCAGAUAUAAAGAAAACAGCAUGGACGGAGGCUGAGGAUAGAGUAAUCGUCGAGGCCCAUCGGCGGGUCGGCAAUCAAUGGGCAAAGAUCGCCAAGCUCUUGCCGGGUAGGACUGACAAUGCGAUUAAAAAUCAUUGGAAUAGUACGAUGAGAAGGAAAUAUGAAGGCGAGGAAGGAAGAACUGCGACUAAAGGCAGAAGCAAGAGAAAAAAUACUCAUGGCACUGCCCUAAGGGAUCCACUUCUUCUGGACGAUGAUCAGAAUCCGAUGAAGGCUGCCUCGAGCAGUUCGACAGUAACGGCGGGUAGCUCUUCUCAAAAUCUCAACAUCGAUCUGGAUUGGGUCAGAAAUUGGGAACAGCAUGCUACAGCGGGAUACCAGAACACACUACAGAUGAACAGGCAUACGCACGACAUUGAAAAGUCUGAUUCUCCAUUGAAAAGAGGCUCUGCGCGAGUGAAAACCGAAACGGUCUCGUUACCAAAAUAUUUCAACCUGCAACAAAUGCCAAACGAGACGUCCGGUUCAAAGAGUUCGGAAAUAAAACUGAUGCCGAUGCCCGACAUAGAGGAUACGUCCGAACAGCACAUGGAGAAGAAGAGUCAGCCGCCUAUAUUACGUAGGCGCAAAAACAAUAACAUUUUGCUGCAGAGGAUAGACAUCUCUGCCACCGGGGAUCACUCGGAUUACAUCGUAAUGAGCCAACAGGUGCAAACGGGAAACAUCACCCCCUCAACUCCUAUCAAGCAACUUCCGUUCAGUCCUUCGCAAUUUCUGAACAGUCUGAGUCCGUCGGAGACGUGGCCGCGCGCGAGUACGCCUAAGGGAAGCAGUCCUGGUCCGCUUACGACUCCGCAACCUACUGGUUUCCGACGAAGUCAAAACGGUUCGCUCGUUGCUUUUACAGACGGUAAUACACCAAGGACACCUACGCCAUUCAAAAACGCCCUGGCUGAGCUCGAACGACGAACCGGAGCCGGUCAGUUGCCUGCUACUCCUAGUCGCCUGGAUGCACUGACUGAGAUAAUAAAGCAGGAGACUGAGAAUGAGGCUGGAACGAGUACGAUUCAGGACCAAGAUUCGGGCUACAACAGUAUGAUACGAAGGCGUGGUAAAGAGAACAGUGCGCCAGGAAAACGCGCGCGGAAGGCGCUUUCCUCGGCUUGGGCUCAGGAUAGCUCCGAAAUGAGUUUCCUUGUGGAAACGCCAAGUAAAAGUUUGGAUACUUCUGCACUGUUCUCGCCUGCAUCUAUGGCGUUGGAAGAUAGCUUUUUGACAGGAACCAGUCCCACAAAGACUCCUCACGACUUUACGUCCGUACAACAACGGAAGCCGAAUGCCAAGAGAGCGAUCACGUUCGACGCAUUCGACAGUCCUUAUUGUAUCUUCAGCCCUCUGCCUCUCAGACCGGUAAAACGCACCAAGACACAAUUGGAAACGCAAUGGAUAACAGUGGCGUGCGGUCGUACCCAUGACCAGAUUGAGAUGACCCGAGCCGCCCGACGCUUCUUGAGCAAUCACGGGUGGCUGCCGUUGUGUCCACGUUCUUUAAAUUUUUGAGAAAAGGAAGAACGGAAAGGAAUGUAAAAAAGCUGAAUACCGGCGCUCGGAUGCACUUUGUCGUACAAAAGAAGAAAUGUCAGAGAUGACAUAACUAGUCGUAGAUGAAAAUAUAAGGCCGCUUCUGUUUCAGGAACGCGUGAUCACUAUCGGUUGUUUCACGCGCUAUGAAUUCGAAAUGUAAAUUAUUCAACGAAUUCGAUCGGUUGACCUCGAUGUGCAUAGAUUAACUCUACACUGCACGGGUAAAAAGGAGAAUAUCUGAGAAAAAGGUGGUAAAAGUAAAUGAUGGUAAAAUCAUAUCCUUUGGAAAAUGAUGACAAAUCCAGAAUCAUGGAAACGGGUAUCUUUCUUCCUCCAUCUUUCUCUUUAGAAAGUUGCACACACACACACACACACACACACAUUUUUAUCAUGCACUUACAAAAAACAAUUUACUUAUUCGAAUAAUUGAUAUUUGCUUCUGGAAGUUAUAGGUUGCUAAAAAAGAAAAUUAUAUUUUUCCUCUUGCGAGAUAAUUAUCUAACAUAAAAGAGCAGAUGUGAGAGAUGGAGCGAAGAUGUUUCACGAGUUGUAAACUUUACAAAACAUUGUCACUUUGUAGAAUUAUUUUAUACUUUGAGAUUACUUUUUGGAGAUAUACCUACUUCAUAUAUGUUUGUUUCCUUUUUGAAGUUGGGAUUCUGAAUCUACUUUUGAACAGGUACCAAAUGAAAGUUGAAUUUGUGCAAAGACAAGACUAUGUUUAACCCGUGUGCGCACUGUAGGGUUAAAAGUUUCUCGUCGUUGUAGAUAUCGUCGGUAAUUUUGGACGCGUCGAGUGCAAUUUGUUGAAUUCGCUUACACGUAACAUACGAUAACCAAAACACGGUGCAACCGAAUUUUCAAACGUUCAUUACGGGAUUGUUGCACUUUGCCGACUUAAAUUCUGUCGCGCCGUUCUCACCCAAGGUGUAAGUAAUACGAAUACGAAAAUAGAUUUUUUAGUGUCCACAUACUGGAUAAUAAGAAGUAGGAUACUAUA